AUGGGGGAGCCCCCAGCCCCAAUUGUUCAGCCCCAGCACCCUAAAGGAACCUUCUCGACCCCCAGCACCCAUAGGGGAGCCCCCAGCGCCCCCAGUGAAGUUCUCCAGGUGCCGCUGACCUUCGAGGACGUGGCAGUGUACUUCAACGAGCAGGAGUGGGCGCACCUGGAGCGCUGGCAGAAGGAGCUGUACCGGGCCGUGAUGAGGGGUAACUACGAGACCCUGGUGUCGCUGG